CGUGCAAACGAAUUGAUGUAUUAUAUCGAUUCGUUACUUAUUUAGCUGAGACUUUUACUUUGCGUGAAUUUUCCAACGAAGCACAUUUUCAACCUACUGUCGAUAUUGGUGAUUGUUGUCAAUAUCUAUCAGUCACAAUAUUCAAUUAGUUAGCAUUUAGUUCUGAGCACAAACACGUAAGAAUUCUAUUAUACUUAUUUUCUAAUCUCCGAGAAGACAAGAAUAUUUUUUUACUCUUUACACUUGGAACUUACAUCUAUACUCUGUGUGUUGUGGCUCAAACUGGAUUCAUUUUAAUCGAAGAAUCGAUGAUAACAUUCCCAUAAAAAGUAACUAAAAAGUUGCGGUUUGAUAAGAUCAUUUUUGAUACUACUAGGAAAAAGUUCGAGCAUUAUCACUGAACAUAUUUAUUCUGCUAAAUUCAAAUAUAAUUCAUCAUAAUAGUUGAAGCGGAAGGAAAAUAGUAAUUUAAUCCCAGUCUUUCUCGAAAAUACAAAAUCGUUGAUUGCACUGCUUGUUGAAUCUUGAACGGCACACUUAGUAGCAGUUUGUUUUCUGAGAAAACCGUGAAAAUGACUGACAAGAUGAAAUAUCCUUAUACCUUCGAAGAUUUGACUCCAGAAGAGAAAGAACUGGCCAAGAAAUAUUUGGAUAGAGAUCUUGUGAGAGUUUCUGGUACUAAGUUCACAACCGGAAGGCCUGUAGUGAAGUAUGGUGUUGAACUUUACAAUUUCAAGCCGAGACCUGAUGAUGUUUGGUUGAUUGGAUAUCCUAGAUCAGGCACCACAAUGGCCCAAGAAAUCCUAUAUCUCUUAGGAACUGAUUUGGACUACAAGAAAGCGGAAUCGACUAUUAUGGACCUCAGAUUUCCUUUUUUGGAGUCUGUACUGAUACGAAUUGGCAGAGCAGAGGAGAUUUACCAGAAACUGUUGGCUGAAAAGAGAAAACCAGUAACCACUGAAGAGAUAGACUCUGUACCACCACAUGUUAGAUUAGCAGAGACUAAAGAAAAACGGUUCAUAAAAAGUCACUUAACUUUUUCAUUCUUUCAUCCUGAGCUGUUGAACGUUGGUUGUAAGGUAGUGUAUAUUGUUCGAAACAUAAAGGAUUGUUUCGUCUCGAAUUACUUCUUCCCUCUUAAAGUAGAAUAUGAAAUGAGAAAAGAAGAACAUAUGCAUGAAUUGCUACGAGUCUACAUGAAAAAUUUGAGUUUAUGGGGUAAUUACUUUGAAGGGUUAAAGGAAGCCUGGGAGAGAAGAAAUAACAAGAAUUUAUUGUUUUUGUUUUACGAAGAAGUCGUUGCAGACAAGAAAGCCGCCAUAAAAAAAAUUUCAGAAUUCAUGGGCAAAAAGCUGACCGAAGAUGAACUCGAUAAACUGGUCGACCAUGUCAGUGUGGACAAUUUCAAGAAGAAUAAAUCAGUCAACAACGAUCACAUGGUCAACAAGGGAGUGUUCGUUAAAAAUGAGGAAUUCUCCUUCAUAAGAAAAGGUGGUAGUGGAGGUUGGAGGGAGAAGUUCAGCAAAGAAAUGAACGAUGAUUUCAACGAAUGGAUAAGAACAAGUCUGAAGGAGAUUCCAGGAUUUGAGAUUCCGGAAUGUUGGAGGAAAGCCAUGGAUUUAUGAUGACUUGAAUCCUCUUGUUUUUUUUUUACUUCUGAAUGGAACAGUCACAUUUAAAGUGCCUAUCUAUACUAUAUUAUAAUAUGUAAUUAAAUCUGUAGGUACACAUUCGUUGGUUCAUCGAACCAAAAAGGAAUUAAAACAAAUAUCAAUAUUGAAAUCGUUU